AUGCCCGCCGCUUUAGACGGGUCGUCUCCCGCAAUCUUCACCGUCAAGGGCCUCAUCGCCGCCGCCAAGGCCGCCCGCCUCCCUCCUCCCACCGUCGAGACUCUCCUUCACAAGCUGUGUUUCCCGCUCGCAAUCACCUGCACCCGUACAUGCUGGAACCUCUCUAUACACGACGAUUUCGUCGACGCCGCCCAUCCCGCCUCGAGGCUGCCAGACGCCCACUUUCCGAGCGUCAUCUCCCUCCCUUCGCUCGGCGCGCUCCUCUCCCGCGCCGGCUUCACCGCCAUUCUCGCGCUCGUAGGGGACACGAAGGAGCGGCGGCUGUCCAAGCUCAAGCGGAAGGAGCGAGUGGCUGUCGACGAGGCGCUAAAGGCGUUCUUCUCGCUCGAGCCGAGUCAAGACAACUUCCUUCAGGUCGUCAGGCGUUUCUGGGACGUCUGCAAGGCCGUUGCGCCCGAGCUGCCGGACCGGACGUGGCAGCAGGCCAAGCACAGCUACUGGUUCAGCAACAUCGUUUCCGCCUCCUCGUCUUCGGUCGGAAAGGAUUUCUCUGGCGUGCGCUUGGCGCGAGUGUUUGACGCUGCGCCUCUCUUUGCUGCGUCUGAAGGCGACGCGGCGGGCGAUGGGACGGCGGGAAUGCGCGACUGUCAGUCGGACGAUAAGGCGGCAGGGCGACUUUUCGCGACCUUGGAGAAGAAGCUCAUCGAGAACAUAGACAGCGACAGGACCGUUCCGGUCGUCCUCCUCAACGGAAGUCACUUCCUGCCCGUUUUCGUCCUCGACCUCAAGAACUUGAGCGCGGCCUUUCGCGAUGAGAUCAAGCAGCACGCCCGGACCAAGCGAGUCGACACGCCACAGUCCGUCUCGCUCGAGUCCUUCGGCCUCGCCCUGCAAGACGCCCGGAGGUUGAUUUCAGGACUGGCGCCGGCGCGGCGGGACUACGUGAUUGUCUACGGCUCCGAGGCGCCACUCUCUGCCUCGCUACAAUCGGAUCACCAGAGCUUGCUGCACAUCAUUGCACUUGCAGCGCUCGACAGCCUCGACGAGCUCGGCAAGGAGAUCCAGAACGAGCUGCUGCGGCUCCUCCGGCCUCGAUCCGUCGUGCAUGAUCAUGCCGUCCCCUCUCUCCCAUCGGCAACGAGCCGUUGGUGCCGUUUGCUCUGCCGGGAACGCCCUGCUCCCUCUGCAGAACCGGGGCCGGCCAACCUGUCCAGCUCGCUCAACAGCCACGCACCGCCCGUCAAUUGCCUGCCAAAAAAGGACGACCUCCAUCCGACAGGAGCCUCUCCCGUAUCUCUCUCGCGUACUCGUUACCGCCUCGUUACGUUUGACGAGCUUGAGCAGAGCUGCGCUUUCACUGCCGCAUUCGUCGGACACGACGGCCAGCUUGUCGGCUUCCACCGGUUCCCUUCCUCCGCACCGCUCAACACUUCGGGGCCUGCCAAGGCCGCGUCUCUCCCGCCAACCCCGCCUCCAACGCCCCCUCCUAUCAGUACUGAAAACAAGCCUGUGCACGACGGUCUCGCCCUUGAACCCCUCCUCCUCCUGUCCGGCAAGCGCUUCGGCGAAGGCAACCAAGGGUACCUGUACCGCGCGCACUGCGCCGACUCGCCCUUCCCCUUUCUCGCCAAAUCCUCGUACACCAGCGAAGGGUACGACCUCAUGAAGGACGAAGCAGCGUUCUACCGCGAGAACCGCAGGACGCUCGAGGAGGAACAGCUCGCGCCAAGCCAACACAUGAAGGAGCUCGCCAUGCGCUUCCACCUCAGCCUCAACUAUCGCCAUGAGUCGUUCGGCUUGCGCAACAUCGUCUGGAAACCCGAGCUCGGGCUCUCAUCGCUGCGCCUUAUCGACUUUGCGAGGUGCGAAAAGCACGAAUGCGACGGCUCAGUCUUGUGCGACGAGUUGGAGGAGAUUGGGGACCAACUCGACUGCUGGUCGUCGAUCCAAGAUGACUUCCGUACGUUUGCAGAGGAGUGGAGGAUUCAACGCGUCAAGGUGGAGCUUGAACGCAUGGCGCAGGCGCAGCAGGAGUUGGAGGAGCAGGCGAAGCGCGAGGACGGGUUGAGGAAGGCUGUUUCCGCGUAG